GCUCAAUUAUUGCAGUAAAUUAUUUACAUGUAAAUGGUAUUUGGGAUUAAAAAAGAGACCUAACUGCUUCUCUUCCUAAAUUGAUAAGGCUAGGAGUUAACUGUAAUGCGAUCACAGGGCUUGUAUUUAGUCUUGACGCACGCUCGGUCCGGUGUGUUGGGCUCGCACGAGCGUUUUGUGAUGACUGUCAUUUAAAAAAAACUAGCCAGAUUUGAGCUGCAUGUUUGACAUUCACGUUUUAUAGUGUUAUUUUUCUUGGAGGGUAUCCAGUAACUGAGCCACGGAUACUUUGAGCGAAAGUGCGUGCAGUUCAACUUUUAGUGGACAUUGAUUUGUUAAUUAUUUGGAUUAAAUCACCUUUAUUGAUGAGAAUGUAAUCAUGAUAAACUUGCCAUUAGUGGGAAACCGAUUCAAGACAAAUCAUUGCUGCUGGACAUUUCAGAUUUCAAGUGUUGAAGCCUUCCAUCCAGAAAGAAUGGGACUUUUAUGGAUUUGCCUGCUCAUUUGUGAGAUAAUCCUGUUGUCGGACUGUGCACGGGGCCCUCCACGCGUGGCAGAGAAGAUCGCCCACCGGCAGACGGUGCGGAUCGGGCGCACCAUGAAGCUGCAGUGCCCGGUGGAGGGCGACCCGCCACCCCUCAUCAUGUGGACCAAGGACGGCCGCAACAUCCACAGCGGCUGGAUGCGCUUCCGGGUGCUGCAGCAGGCACUGCGCAUAAAAGACGUGGAGGAAGAGGACGCAGGCACCUUCAUCUGCAAGGCCACCAACGGCUUCGGCAGCGUCAACAUCAACUACACCCUCAUCGUCAUCGAUGACGCCAGCACUGGGAGGGAUGGAGCUGGAACUGCGGGGGACGCAGAAUACCCCACUGACCUGUCAGGGAAAUUUGUCCGACCACGCUUCACGCAGCCAGCCAAGAUGAGGAAGCGCGUGAUAGCCAGGCCGGUGGGCAGCUCAGUACGGCUGAAGUGCACGGCUAGCGGGAACCCUCGUCCGGAUAUCAUGUGGGUGAAGGACAGCAAGCCGCUGACCCCUGGUGAGGUGGGCGAGGGCCGUAAGAAGAAGUGGACCCUGAGUCUGAAGAACCUGACCCCUGAGAACAGCGGGAAGUACACCUGCCACGUUUCCAACCAGGCUGGAGAGAUCAACGCCACAUACAAAGUGGAAGUAAUCCAGCGGACAAACUCUAAGCCCAUCCUGACCGGCACUCAUCCGGUGAACACCACGGUGGACUACGGUGGCACCACCUCGUUCCAGUGCAAGGUGCGCAGUGACGUCAAGCCAGUGAUUCAGUGGCUGAAACGGGUGGAGCCGGGGAACGAGAACAAGUACAACUCCACCAUCGAGGUGGGCGACCAUCGCUUCGUGGUGCUGCCCACGGGAGAGGUGUGGUCCAGGCCAGACGGCUCUUACCUCAACAAGCUGCUCAUCACCCGCGCCAAGGAUGAGGAUGCUGGCAUGUACAUCUGCCUGGGUGCCAACACCAUGGGCUACAGCUUCCGCAGUGCCUUCCUCACCGUGCUGCCUGACCCAAAGCCUCACCACAUCCCCAUCCCCACAGCCAUCUCCCACAGCUUGCCCUGGCCUGUGAUCAUCGGCAUCCCAGCUGGUGUGGUGUUCAUCCUGGGUACUGUCCUGCUGUGGUUCUGCCAGUCUAAACGCCAUUGCUCCUCUGGAAGGGUAGUUACCACCCACGCCUCACAGCGCCCGACCCCCCGGGUGCCAGCCUGCCCCCCACCCAGCGGGGACAAAGACUGCCUGGGCUCUCUCACCUACGAGGAGUACAUUACCCAGCAGCAGCAGCUCCUUCUGGCCCAGGGAGGCAACGGCCUGGAGGUCCCCAAAGUCUACCCAAAGAUCUACACGGACAUUCACACACACACCCACUCACACGUGGAUGGCAAAGUGCACCAACACCAGCACAUUCACUACCAGUGUUAGCUGCCACUGUCCCGACAGGGAUGCUCAUAUGUACAAAAGCCCACAUUUCUGCAGUGUUGGGUCGGCUCCCACCACCUACACCUUCCCGUCCUCCACGUGCCCAGUCCUGCCUUGAUCCUACAGACCCAGACAAACAGUCUGAGCCCGGGUGCUUCACACAAACCCCUGACUGCUACAUACUGUUCUGUACUGAACAAGGCCUAGGGGAACAUGGACACAGUCAGGAUAGCAGAACAAGGGACAUGGCAAUGCCAUUCAGGAAUCCCACAUGAAAUAAUGUGAGUCCAAAUGGAGCAACAUUUCAUACAGACAUUUCACAUUAAACCCCACUCUGCAGAGAAAUAGCAACAUGUGUUUCUCUAGUCUUGAACAAUCUGCACAAACUCACAGUGGCUGAAGUGAGUGAAUGUAUACAUUUAGCUCUGUCUCAUUUGAGUCUUUACUCUGCAGGAAAAUGGCAGCAUUUCCUGCAACACCUCAUCUCCUCUCCGGCCUACUUUCAUGUGCAGUGACUUUAGAAGGGGCUAAAAGGAUCAUGUACAUUAGCUCUGGAUUUUUGUCAGAUGCACAACCUCAGCGAGUAACAAAAGGAGUAAGGUGCGAUGUAAAGUGUUUGCAGAUUUUAUGGAUUGGUGAUGAAUUGAAUCCGAAUCCACAUUUGCCUUCACAUCCUGAGUACCUCAGAAGCAGGUCAACCAGCACAGAUAAAGCGUGAUUGAGUAAACAAAGGUUGAAUGUAUUCUGUUUCUCAAAAAGGUUUUGGUCAAGGAAAAGGACCUGCAAGGCAUUACAAAAUAUAUUUUGUCUAUAGUAUGUGUACGUGAAUGGAAAUUGAAAUUGAGGUUAUUUACUGGAGGUUAAGGUCCCUAAAGCGUGAAACACACCGAGAAUCUUACUGCCGAUAGACUGCCGAUAGGUACUUAUCACAUUGGGAGACCGCUCCUUCUCUUGCUAGAACAAAAGCGUUACUUGCUGCGUGCCGACCCGGUAGCGUUGAACCUGCGGUUUCUACUUGUAGAAUUGUAAUGCUGUUCAGUGGCCAACAACUUGACUUUGAGCCAAUCAGAGAGCAUGAACCCCCACGUGGGGAACCCAACAAGAGUGACAACAAAAAGGAGUUAAAUGUCAUGAGCCAGUCACACUUCAUAUGCAAUGUAGGCUAUGGGAUGGUAGCUAGCUAAGUGCACAGACUAGAGGUCUUCAC